GUGACUAACAUAAAAUAAACCUAAGUUCAAUUUGUCAACAUCUUUCUCUUCCUGUUCCGAAAAGCUAACCCUAAUUUACGUACUCUUUCAACGAAAGUCGCCACUUCUGUACGCGUCUGCAAGUGCUCUUCCAGGAUUUGACUUUGGGUUUCCGUUAUCGGAUUGAACUUGAGUUGACUGUUUGAAUCAGCGAAGAUCUGAUAAUUUUGGGUUCGUGGGCUUGGAUGGGUCACAAAUUUAUAGAAGGAACGAUUUGGACGAAUGGAAAAGGAUUCUCCUCAGAUUUUGCACUUCUUGAAUGGAAAAGAUAAGGGAAAUUCAAACCUUUUGGACUGUGAAAUUUGUGAAAUUCAAAGCUUGGAAAAAUACAAAAUUUUGGGUUGCAGUAUCUCAUUAUCUUGUAUAAAAUUAAAAUUAUUAGUAAUUUCUGAUUUUUAAAAUAACUUAACCCCAUCCGUCUAUUAUUUACCUGUGUGACAAAUUGACAAUGAUUAAGGAGAGAGGUAGAUCUUACACUAACUUGUUAAUAUAUAACUGGAAUAUCCUGAUGCCAUUAGUUGUAGAGGUAAAAUGUUUGGUGUCUUUGAACUAAAAUUUUUGUUUUAUUAGACUUGGUCAGAACAUUUAUUUGUCAAGCUUCCAAGCACUUACCUUGAGAUACGAUUUUCGAGUAGUUUAAAAUGCUUGGUCGAAAGUUCCCUUGCCCCUACCUGCCUACCUCCUUUGGAUAACUAUAUUUUGCUGUAUGAUGCACACUUUUGUUUCUUAAUGUGGUAGUCUUUCAUAUAUUGUUUCAGAUUUUGCAUUCAAUGAGUCGUCCACAGGAUCCCCACAGGCCAUUUAUCCCAUUUGGAAAUCCCUUCAGAAUGCUAUUACCUAAGGGCUCUUACCUGGGUCCAAAGCUUCUCGCUCUGUUGAAUAGUUUUGAGGAGACAUUGGCAGAGAGGCUUAAAAGGCUCAAGCCGAGAGACAGGGAAGAUGUCCUAAGCUUAUCGUGGAUGAGAUUGGCCCUCGAGUCCCUUUGUGGAAUUCAUACCGAUAUAAAGACGCUUAUCACAGCUCUUGAACUUCCUGUCUGUGAUUGGGAUGACAAGUGGAUUGAUGUUUACUUAGAUAAUAGUUUGGACUUGCUGGAUAUUUGCAUUGCUUUCACCUCUGAGAUCUCUCGGCUCAACCAAGGCCGCCUUUUUCUUCAAUGUGCCUUGCAUAACUUGAGCGGCGACUCAAAUAAGUCUGUGCGGGCGCUCUCAUCACUGGAUGGAUGGAGGCAGCAUAUUAGCUCGAGGAAUCCAAGACUUGAGAAUUGUUUUUCCAUCAUGGAUGGUCUUUCCCAAACGCUAGACCUACCGAAGAUCAAGAGCUCUGCGAAGGGAAAGGUUUUGAUGCGAGCUAUGUAUGCAGUCAAAGUGGUAACAGUUUACGUAUGCAGUAUAUUCACUGCAGCAUUCUCGGGUUCAGCAAAGAAGUUGAUGGACCUACAGGUACCAGACACAUGCUUGUGGGCAGAUGCUUUUGCUUGUCUGCAGACUUUUGUAAAUACUGAAAUAAGAUGCAUAUACUCAAGUGGAAGGGCCACUGUGCUGAAAGAGCUAGAAGCUGUUGAUGCAAGUGUAAAAAAAUUAUACCCCAUUGUACAAAAUGAGGUCAACCUAAUUGAAGCUCAGAUGUUGCAGAACCUGAUAUCAGAUUUAGUAAAGACAGAAGGGAAACUUUCACAAGGACUAGAUCUACUUUCAAAUGUAGUUGAUAAUUUCUUCAAAAUUGUUCUAACAGGACGGGAUGCUUUGCUUGGUAACCUUAGAAUUGGUGGUAAUGUGUCUGACUCGGUAAUAACUAACAAAGCAGAAGGCCAGGCUCUGAGGUGAACAGUAAUUGGCUCUCUCUCUUGUAUACUCAAGUGUGCAGCUAUGGACUUCCACAUUUUUCAGGUUCUAGAUAUACUAAAUGUUAAAGAUAUUUGGCUCUAGGUAUCAUGAAUCUUGCGAGUUGUGGUUCGUGCGAGUUGUGGUUCGUCAAAAUUUGUAUCGCUCUACGUAUGAAUUCUAUUUAAUGCUAAUGGUAUGGGUAAUUACCACAAAACGUUCUUACCUUUCAAUA